AUGCAUAGGCUUCUUCGACUGGUCCAUACGGUUUCCUGGAAGCCAGAACCUGUGACGGGUGAACCUGAUUGCCUUCCUCGACAAAGCCAGGCAGGUUUUUCAAGUCCAUUAGCCCCAGAAGCGAUGUUAAUUUAUCACCUGGAAGAAGACCCAAGGGUUUCAACCGACAAAGGGUUUCUCAUUCUUCAUCCAUUGAUAAUACCUCUAGAAGAAGAAUAA